AUGCGUGCAGACAUCCAGAAGCUGGCGAAGCAGGCGAUCUUUGCAGCGCACCGCAGCGAUCUUGAGAAGAGCUUAAGCCAGACAGCGGAGGCUGAGCAUAUUGCCGGUCAGCUCCUGCCCCUCGUCCAAAGCAUGCCAGACCUGCGCCAUGGAUCCUUCAGCAGCGCAAUGGAAGAGUAUGCCGAAGCCAAGAUCUUCCAAGCCUUCCUGGAGCAUGGGCGCGUCAUCCCUUCGAAAGAGCUGCCCAUUGUGGAGCGUGAUGAGUACCUGGGUGGCGUCCUGGAUUUCACGGGGGAGCUGAACAGGUAUGCGAUAGCGAAGGCGACAGUGCGGGACAUCGAUGAGGUGAAGCGGUGUCGAGGCAUUGCCGAGGCUCUGAUGGGGGAAUUUCUCCAGUUUGAUCUGCGCAAUGGGAGCAUCCGUAAGAAGUAUGACUCCCUCAAGUACACAGUCAAGAAGCUGGAGAACACACUGUACGAGCUGUCCCUGGCAGAGGCAGGCUUCAAGCCAGAGAUGGAAGCAGAUGAGGCACCCCAGCAGCAAAGGGAUGCAACAACUGACGAGCCCGGGAUGGCAGACUGA